AUGCACACACUGGACCCGCCAGCCAAGUACUACAAGACCGCACCAAAAGAUGCCCCUGCCAUUCGCGUCGGCUUCGUAAGCCCCUCCGUGGGCUACGGACUGUUUGCGGCACGCGAUUUUGAGAAGGAUGAGUUCAUCUUCCACGAGGCGCCGCUUAUGACGGCCCUGUUCAACGAGAAGUUCUCCGAGGACAAGGCGCUGAUGCGCAGCCAGGCGUGUGCCUACCGUGCUGCUCUCACGGCCCACCGCGACGUGACCACUAUUGCCUUUCCGGUGCUCGCCGCACGCUUCGGGAUAGCUCCGAUGCCCUACGACCAAGCUGCCGACGUCUUGGCGCUCCAUCUCGGCCGGAACUUGGUCCCGGGCCAUGGACGUUUUGCCGGCUCAACGGUGACACGCGAACAGUAUGAAGCAUAUACAGGCUCCCUUCCCGUGGCUAAUGACCCGUCCGAACGGGAUAUACGCUAUGCAUGUCUCGAUUUUUUCAAGAACUACGCUUUCGAGGUCCACCACAGUACUCCUGGGAACUCGCUCAUCGCCGCAACUCGGGAAGCUUGUGUCUAUUUGCUGGGCUCUCUUAUCAACCACUGCUGUACUCCCUCUCCGCCCUUGAUUCCGAAGCCCAGGCUUUCUCUCCAUCAUAAAGACCACCACCGUCACCGUUGUCGGAAUCGUAACAGCAACGUCAACCCUCACUCCGGCACCAAUGGCAAGCCCGCAAGCUUCAUAUCUUCCCUAUCAUCCACUGUUGCCUCAUCGGCCCCAUCCUCCUCGUCCUCCUCCUCCACCACCUCCUCCUGUGACAAUGAUUACGAGAAUCCUGAGCUUCUAGGCCCAAACUGCACCUGGCGCAUUGGCCCAUCGGGUCUUGCUAACUUCGUUCGCCCGCGACACCUCUGCGUCCAGGCCCGUCGCCGCAUUCGUGCCGGGGAGCAGCUGACGUGGGACUACGGGAAACGGGAGAAGGGGUUUGAGUGCGAGUGCGACACAUGCCGAGCCGGAUUCUUGGCGGGACUGGGCCACCACUGCGGCGUGUUGUGA